AUGUGGCGGGUGCUGAAGAUAAAACGCAUCUCUAAAAUUUUGUUGCUCAUGGUGCCUUUUACACUGCUCCUUUCUUACCACAGAACCAACAUCCCUCUGCUUGCUUCACAACAAGGUAAUAUUUUUGGUUCCAGGGGGAUUUCCACUCUCAGAAAUUUCCUCCAAAGUCGGAACAAGGUCUACACUGAACAGGUCUACGUUCGACCUCCGCCCUGGUCCGACAGCCUGCCCACCAUCUACGCCAUCACUCCUACAUACUAUCGAUUUGUGCAGAAGGCAGAACUGACACGCAUGUCCCAUACUCUGCUCCAUGUGGCCAACCUGCACUGGAUCGUGGUCGAAGACUCCGACAGAAAGUCUGCUAUGGUUAGCCGCCUCCUCGAGAAGACGGGGCUGAACUACACCCACCUCAAUGUGCAUGUAGCUGAAAAGCUUAAUUCCAAAGGCAGCGGGCAGAGAAACCUGGCUUUGAAGUGGCUACGGGACAAUUUCAGCGUAAAUGACAGCAAUGCCGGCGUCAUCUACUUUGCAGAUGAUGACAACACAUACAGUCUGGAGCUAUUCGACGAGAUGCGCUACACUAAAAAAGUGUCCGUGUGGCCUGUGGGCUUUGUGGGUGCUGUGCGCUUUGAGUCCUGCAAAGUCAAUGCCUCUGGCAAAGUGUACGCCUGGGAUGUUAAAUAUGCCCAAGGUCGACCCUUUGCCAUUGACAUGGCAGGAUUUGCAGUGAGCCUGCAGCUGAUUCUGUCCAAACCUGACGUUUACUUCAGGCUGCAUGGGAUACCGUCAGGGCAUCAGGAGACCAAGUUUUUAGAGGAUCUGAUCACUCUCAACGACCUGGAGCCGAAAGCUGACAACUGCACCGAGGUUUUAGUCUGGCACACUCGCGCUCAAGCUCCACCUCUUUAUAGGGGUUAUGGAGACCCCUACAUUGAGACAUGA